AUGUUCCACGAGUCUUUCAUGAAACCAUACUCAACAGAAACACUAACCAUACAACAACAGCAACAACACUUGCAGAUCCGAGAUUUACCCGAUGAAGUGCUCACACAAAUUUUCGAUUGUUUACCAUUAGCCACAGUUAAGCAACUACGUCUAUAUCCCGACUUAGCCACAACUAUGCAACAUCAAAUCUAUCGUAAUGGAGAAUAUUCAAUCCUAAUAGACGAUGAAGUUGAUGAAGGUGACAAAGACAAUGAAAAUGAAGAAGAAGAAGGUCACAAAAUCAGUCAAAUACAAAACAAUAACCAUGCUACAAAGCAUGUAGCAAGAUUCCACCAUUAUCGCGUCAACAUCACACUCUGUGAUUUCAAAUCGCUGAUUGAUAACUUGUUGAAAUACGAGCAGACUAUAAAGGACCUCUUUGAUAGAUCAAGACUGGUCACUAUCAAAUUGGUUGUCAUUUUGCAUUAUUCAUUGAAUAGAUUUACUGACGUUAAGGAUUGCUUAAGUAAUAUUGAUUUUAUCAGUAAGUUGUUUAACCCCAAGGGUAUAAAUGUAUGUUCGGUUGAUUUGCAAUUGAAUAAAAAACUGUGA